GGAACUUCUGUUUCCCAGAUUUAUAUUUGCUGAAGAUCUUUUUCAUCCCUUUGUUUAUUCUAUUAAUCGGUCACGAAUCUUAGCUUAAUUUGUUAUUUGUGUUCGUUGUUUCUUUUUUAUUGCAUUUUAAUUAAUAAGUUGUACGGUUUAAGUUCAAUAGUUAGGGGCAAAAACUUGACUACCUCUCAACUCCAUUUUCAUCCAACUUUCUCCCAAAAUCUUCAAUAAUUUCGAUAGUUUCAUCAUAGUAAUACGUAGUAAAGUAUAGUAUAGCCAUUCAUUCUUUGCAUCACUAUUUCGCUUAUUCAUUUGAUGGGUUAUGUGAACACUUCAAAUAGCAUAAAGAUCAUCAUCUUAUGCAGUUUCGUCGUCAUCGUCGUGCUUAGGGGCACUAUUGGAAUUGGAAACCUCGAUAGAUCUAUAUCUGGAGUAGAGAAUCGAGCCCUCAAUAACGAGACAAAUCAAGUCCUUGUAGACACAAAUUUCAACAAGAACACACUGGAUCAAAAUGGUAAGAAUGAACCACCCGUUAACCCUAAUGUGACCUACACAUUGGGUCCAAUGGGUCAAGAUUUCGACAAGGAUUUAUCAGAUCCUAAUCACCAGGACAAGCCACCUAUCGACCUCAAUGUUACCUAUACGUUGGGGCCAAAGAUAGACAAUUGGGAUUCCCUACGCCAAGAAUGGAUCAAGCAAAACCCGAACUUUCCUAACAUAGUAGGUGGGAAAGGCCGGGUUUUGCUUGUGACGGGUUCACCACCCGACCCUUGUGAAAACCCAUUUGGGGAUCACUAUUUGGUGAAGGGGAUUAAGAACAAGAUUGACUAUUGUAGGUUACAUGGGAUUGAGAUUAUGUACAACAUGGCACAUCUAGAUGAAGAAAUGUCCGGGUUUUGGUCAAAACUACCCUUGAUUAGGAGACUAAUGAUUUCACACCCAGAAGUUGAGUGGUUUUGGUGGUUGGAUAGUGAUGCACUUUUCACCGAUAUGGUAUUUGAAGUUCCACUACAAAAGUACAAAGACCACAACCUUGUGAUCCAUGGGUAUCCGGGUUUGUUAGAGGAGAAAUCAUGGAUAUCACUCAACACCGGAAGCUUUCUCCUACGAAAUAGUCAAUGGUCAUUAGACUUGCUAGACGCUUGGGCCCCCAUGGGCCCAAAGGGUACGAUAAGGGAUGAGGCCGGGAAGAUCCUAGCCGCGAAUUUAAAAGGAAGGCCCGUUUUUGAGGCAGACGAUCAAUCCGCAUUGAUAUACUUGUUGAUCACUCAAAAGGAGAAAUGGAUGGAGAAGGUGUUUAUUGAGAAUUCUUACUAUUUGCACGGGUUUUGGUUGGGUUUAGUUGACAAAUAUGAAGAAAAUGUUGAGAAGUACCAUUCUGGAUUAGGGGAUGAAAGGUGGCCUUUUGUGACACAUUUUGUGGGGUGUAAGCCUUGUAAUAGUUUCCGGGAUUACCCGUUUGAGAAAUGUUUUAAGAGUAUGGAAAGAGCGUUUAAUUUUGCCGACGAUCAAGUUCUUAAGCUAUAUGGGUUAAGGCAUGGAAGCUUAUUGAAUCCUAAUGUUAAGAGGUUUAGAAAUGAAAGUGAUAAACCUCUCAAGUUUGUAGAUGAAUUUGAUAUCCGAAGACAUAUAGUCAUUGGUUCAUCAAAUUAAAGUGUUUGUAAUAACGCGUAUUUUUUGUUGAUGAAUGUCGAUUCAAUUAUAUACUUCGUACUACGUAUGUAAUUAUGCAUUGUAUAGCAGAAUGUCACAAAAUAUUUUUGGCUCGAUGAUAUUAGUUAAGGAGUAUAGACUUAUACGUAGUUCCAUAGCGAUGUUGAUUUUUAUAGACUUGUAGCCGCAUAGUCAUAUUGAUCUACGGAAUAAUAUUAAUUUAUUCGUAC